GUCAGAAUUUUUUUUUGAUUCCAAAGCGCUCGGCUUUACUCCUCCACCGUGCUCUGCUCCGCCGGCGGCCGGCGCCCCUCUCCCUCCUCACCCCGCCGCCGCCGCGCGGCGAACCAAAGCGAGGCUGGAGGCCGGGAUCCGGGGACCACGCGCCACGAUGCAGCAGCCGGACCUCGUCGGCACAGGGGGAGAUGACGAGUACGAGUACGCGAUGUUGGAAACGCUCGUGGCGCGGGGGGAGUCCGCCCCGGUGGGAGCGCCUCGCUUCGACGGCAAAGACUUUGAAACAUGGCAGGCUCUGAUGAAGAUCCGCUUGCAGGCCUAUAGCCUUCUUGUGUGGGACAUUGUGGAAACCGGUUUCUCUUGUGUGGAUGAAGCAAAUCCAUCGGCUCUCGAGUUGAGGAGCAUCCACUGCAAUGCCCAAGCCAUGAACGCCAUAUACUGUGCCCUGAGUGAUGAUUAUCUCUGCCGGAUCUGGCAGUAUGAGAGUGCUAAGGAGGCUUGGGACGCUCUCCAGGCUAUGCAUGAAGACACACCGAUCGUUCGUGAGUUAAAGGUCAAACAGUUGAGGGAGAGGAUGAAGUUGUUUGCGUGGAGGAAGCACGAAUCCCCCCAUGACAUGUUUGGGAGGCUCGAGACUUUGGCCAUCAAGAUGAAGAGACUUGGAUGCGAAGAGGUGACCGAUUCUUAUGUUGUCGAGAAGAUGCUUCGUGCCAUGACACCAAGGAGCUCCACCUUUGUGACCGUCAUCCGUCAGAGGCUUAACUUUGAAGAACUCACCCCUUUGGAUGUGCUCCAUAGUUUCAUCAACUACGACAUGAGGCAAGAAGAAUCCAGAAUCAUGCGCGGGUAUGCGGCGAAGGAGGACACUGUUGCGUGGAGCGAGCCCGCCUACGAUGCAUGGUGCUCUGGAGAAGUGCCUUGCUUCGAUGGCACACACUAUCUGUCAUGGCAGCGUAGGAUGAAAUUCUAUUUGCUUAGCAUUGACCCUCUUCUGUGGAGAAUUGUGGAAACUGGUUUCUCUUGUGUAGAUAAGGCAAAUCCAACGGCUCUUGAAAAGAGGAAUCGGCAGUACAAUUCCGUAGCUAUAUGGGCCUUAGGUAAUGCCUUAAGUCGUGAUCAGUUCAUGAGGAUUUGCUACUAUAAGAGUGCCAAGGAGAUCUGGAAUGCUCUUCGAAAAUUUAAUGAAGCAGUUCGUGAGUCAAAGCUCGGCUAUUUGAGGAUAGAUAUGGACAGGUUCGCCUUAGGAAAACAUGAGUCCCCCAGUGACAUGUAUGCAAGGCUUAACAAUUUGGUCAAUGAGAUGAAGGGUCUUGGGUGCAAAGAGAUGACCGAUUCCUAUGUUGUGAGGAAGAUGCUUCGUGCCAUGACACCAAGGUACCCAAAGUUGGUUUUCCUCAUCCGUGAGAAGCCUAACUUUGAACUACUCACCCCUCUGGAUGUUCUGGCAACAUUCCUCCUCUAUGACAUGGAGCAGAAAGAAUCCAAAAUCAUGAGUGGGUAUGCUUCACCACGCUCAAGCAAAAAGGUCAAUGCUGCCUUUAAGGCCCAAGCAAGUCCAAGUGGAGGAAUCAAGCGAUGAUGAAAACGACCAUGAUCAAGGCCGAGAGCAAAUUUAACAAGGAAUGCAAGAAAUGUCUCUCUCGGGGAAGAAAUAUGGAGCGUUGCUUGGAAAGAAAGGCUACGAAGCAAGAAGCAAUAUCUCUGACAAGUCCAAGAUGAGGAAAUCAAAGAGAUAUUGCUACCAAUGUGGUGAUCCCAAUCAUUUCAUUGCUGAUUGUCCUAAGAAGGAGGACAUGAAAGAAGAGAAGGAGAAGAGCAAAUACAAGAGCAAACCAUUCAACAGCAAGGGCAAGCCAUACACGCCAGAGGGGCAGAAAGAUGCACUAAAGUUGUGUUCUUAUAUACGACAAGACUGGAGGAUUGCCCCAAGUGUGGAGGCACAUCCUCACGUCAGUAUGGGAGUGGAAAGUGCUGUUCAAAGAUGCAGAGGCGCUGGACUUAGACCGCUUCGUAGCCCGGUUAAUGGAGAACCUGAGAACUCCAUUUCAGAGCUGAAGAGGGGGCUGGUGCCGAAGCUGCCAAGGAAACCUGCCGCCCAGCCGGCACAGAUCCACUACUGCCUCAGUGCACAUCUGCUGGAGGAGUGAUGCCAACACCCCUGUUGAGCUUAUCACCCCAUGGGCUAGGAGUGAUGUCUUGAACCAUUCCAAACUUGUAGUACCAAACUGAUAAUAGCUGCACAAUGAAAGAUACAUGGACAUAUCCCGGCGGUAUCAUCAAGAAAGCAGAACUUGUUGCUUUAAGGAGUAUUGUCUUCCACACAAGUUCUAAAAACUGAGGAGGUAACAGCAAGCACCAAAGCAGCCAGAUCACGAGGAGAGAGAGAGGACAAGUCUUGUUUGAUGCCAAUCCCUAUGUAAGCUGUAACUGAGUGGUCUUCCCACCCUGCUUUGCACUGGAGUUUGUAUCUGACCUGUGUAGAUCAUGGACCUGCUCUUGCUGUUUCACUUCCUGAGAAUAAUUUGUAUCUGCAGAUUGGCGCUGUUGUUUAAACGUUUCUGCUUUGCUCCCCCCUGGGUUUCGUGAGUGUUUCUCAAUGCCAGGUUUGACAGUUCCGAUAGCUUCGCCGUCUCUGCUUGUAAGAAUGUGGACGAAUCUUGGUCGCUACACUUCCUGAGAUAUUUUUGCUGUUGGGAUGAAGUACUCCGAUCCGGAAUUAUAUAAGCUGCUGCUUGGAUGAUGAAGUAGUGAGAUAUUUUUGCUGUUUAGAUGGUGACAUGUAUAUUAAUAUGUUUGUGUGAUGAGAGGAAGCAUUGAGACAAGUGUAUGCCUAAAUCAUGUCUUCCAGAAUUACUGAUUUA